AUGUAUAGCAUCACAGAGCAACAUAAGGCUCAGUGCUCUGACCUGGCUGUCACAUCUCUACUGCAGCCAAAUGCUGCUCUGCUCUACAGGCUCACUGCUGACGCGUGUAACUUAGCUGAAUGUGCGAGACCAAAUGAGACGACCACACAAAGCUUAGUAGAUUAUAAUUCUGGUUUACUCACAUUCCCCGCCAUACCUCUUGCUCUCCCACUCUCUUUCUCUCUCACUCUGUCUGUCCCUCCCCUGAAUCCAGGGUCAGCGCUGUCAGAAAAAGGAGAGUGUCUGUUCGCUCAACGAGUCCUGUUGCUAUUUGGCCAUGUGAGAGAGGGUGGAAGUACUGGGUUAAUACUAACUAUCAAAAAACAGAUCAACUAACUAUCCACUAACCUAUGAUUAUUUUACCAGAGAUACAGUAUUGUUUUGUUGAACUGAAUAACCUUAACGCUAACCAAACCCUAACAAUCUUAGGCUACUGUGUCAGAAGUGUGAAGAUAACUUCAGAAAGUCAAAGGGCAAUGUAGUGAAACCUCUCUCUCACUCUCUCUCACUCUCUUUCUCUUUCUCACUGUGUUUGUUUCCUCUCUCUCUCUAUCUCACUCUCACACCCCUGGAACAUCUUUCUGUCGUUCUCUUCCUUUUUUACGUGUGUCCUACUUUUAGCACGUUGCCUUUUUGAUGUACAUUUUUGUACAGCAUAAUGUAGCUCUUUGAGAUCAUGAAAAGUGCCACGUAUAAAAGUGCCGUAAAGUAUUAUGGACCACACCUGUGAACCAUGGUACGAGCCUGUGAAAGAGAAUGUCCUUAUCAGAGGACAAUAAAAUCUAUUUUAUAUUUCAUUACACAUUUGUGCUUCCAAAGACCAGAUGGGAUCCGAUCUUCUAUCAGGUCAUAAGGUAGGCCAACGGUUUCGAGGUUGGUGGCCUUAGAGGUCCAUGCUGCAGUUGUACUAGAGUAACCUCUCUCCCCUGGCCUGAGAUGUGGUUUGGCAUGGUUAAACAACGUCACCAAUGUCCCCUCGUCUUGUCCCCAUCUACCUGACUCUGUCUAUGCUGCUGGCUUUUCUAAUAUUAGCCUUUUCUCAAGUUUACAAAACCACUGAAGUCCAACAGUGCUUUCGCACACACAAAAACCAUGUCGAUUGCACUUGUUCUUUGUUUUGUGGGGAACCUCUUCUCUGACAAAUUCGAAGAGAACAAAGAUUGAGGGGGGAGUUGCCUAGAGGAAGGAUAGGAAAAGACUGAAGAAGGAUAGGCAGAAUAUGAUAAAAGAGAAAAUACAGAAAAAAAGGAGAGGAGAGAGACGUGAGGAACAUAGAAGGUAGAGAAGAAGAGGAAGACGAGAGGAGGCGAGGAAGAAAAAGAGAAAACAGGAAUAGGGUGGAGGCGAGAGGGGCAGUCUAAUCGUGCAAUAUCUACUGUCAAAAAAAAACGAGGGAGCCUCUCUCCUGUCUCUCUUCCUUCUCCUCUCUUUCUCUCUCUUCUUCUCUCUCUCGGUUUCUAGUUCUCUUCUGUCUACCUUUCCUGUUCGCAUCUCACUUCCCAACCUCUCUCUCCUCAUCCUCUCCUCGUCUCUCUCUCCUCUCUCUCUCUCUGUUUCUCUUUCUCUCUCUGUCUCUCCCUUUCUCUGUCUCCCUCUCUCACCUCCUCCCCCCACCCUCUCUCUCUCUGUCCAUCGCUGGUUUAUCCUCUCAUCCCUGAUCUCCCUUCAUCCGCUCCAAUCCUCAUCUGUCCCCACAGGAGAGAGCGUGUGAGUGAGAGUGAGAGAGAGAGAGAGAACGAGAACGAGAGAAAGAGAGAGAGAAAGAGAGAGAGAGAGACAGAGCGAGCGAGAGAGAGAGAGAGUGCAAGAGAGUGGAAUAUCAAUUUUGUGUGGGACAGGAAAACUGAAUAAAAUACUGAAAGUCUAAUAACAGAAGAGGGGUGAACAUAUGACAACAAAACAGAGGGACCCUGAAAAGUGAGAACAGGUUAACAAACCCACUGGAGAACGUCCUUAUUUGGUGAGUGGACAGCCAUACCUUUUUCUUUUACACCUCAAGUGUUGUUUUCUUUGUUUAAUAGUUUUGAUUGGAUAUGUGAAUAGAUGUGUAAGUGAAAACCCUCUGGUCACAGUAGUGCUGUAUGGAGCUCUUGGUUGAAAUAGAUUUGUACAUUUUAGUCAUUUAGCAGACACUCUUAUCCAGAGCGACUUACAGGAGCAAUUGGGGUUAAGUGCCUUGCUCAAGGGCACAUCAACAAAUGUUUUAUCUAUUCGGCUCGGUGAUUCAAAGCAGUGACCUUUCGGUUACUGGACCAAUGCUCUUAACCUUUUACUGCAGUGGGCUAAAUCAGGGUCACACAGAGUGAUUCUUGGUAGUCCUAAAAAAUCUACUUUGAAACAAAAGUAUACUCCUCACACACAUGGUUAUGGGCUUUAAGAAAAAGAAGACACCUGUACCAUGUCAGAUAUAGAGUUGAAAUGUAUGCCAUUUUUAGUUUGCAUCCCAAUAUUACACUUUAUAUACAUCACAGAAGACUGACAUAUAACAAAGCUGUUUGACAUAAAAAACAGGAUUUUAGUCAGUUUUAAAAAAAUAAUCUUUAUUAAAGAUGAAUUAUGAAUAAUAUUAAUAACAUUCCACCCAUAAGGCCAAAGAGGGCGCUUUUGGUCAUAGACUACAGGAAAGGGCUACCUGCUAGGCUACCAGCUGCCUGCUGCUGCCAGAUUAGUUUGGGGAGUGUAGAAGUACUUUUAGUUCUGGAUUGAGUGUGUCCUGAUUUUGUCAUAUAAUCAAAGUGAGUGGGUCUGGGGGAUAAGUAUCAAUUUUAAUUUGAUAGCACUAUGACGAGGGUGCCAUUUAAUGGCAACAAAUAACAAUACAUUUUCUCUAACGUUUAUCAAUACUGUAAAAUAUAUCAAUCAAUUUUUUCUCUACAACAUGGUAGGGAAUUUAAUUUAAGAAGCAUGAAAGCAUGGCAGCAUGCUCGAUUCCUUUGAGAUUACAUGGAAAAACACCAUUAACUUGAAUCGAAUAUAAUUAUUGACUGUUUUACGUUAUAUCAUAACAAGGAUUUACAUAGGAUUUAUAUAUUAUAAUGCAUGUAAUAUUGCUAUUGCACUACUACUGCGCUACUCUGCUUACAGAUAAUCUUGAAGGAUAACAUUCAUUUAAUCUUCUAAGUGGAUUUUUCCCAUUGACAGACUGCUGACACCAUGGCUGCUUUUACACAGGCAGCCCAAUUCUCAUAUUUCUUUCCAUUAAUUGGUCUUUUGACCAAUAACAUUAGAUCUUUUCACCUCAGCUCUUUUUCAGAUUAGUGGGAGAAAAAAAAUCUGAAUUGGGCUGCCUGUCUAAACGCAGUACAUUUGAAUGAUCACAUCAUUUGUUUAAGUGUUUGUUUUUUAAGAGCAUUGUACAGCAUUGUUUCCUCUGAUACAUCCAUUUUGGAAUGCAUUUGAUUCUCUGCCAGUGGUAUCACUAGUGUUGUGGGUGUCUAGUUGGCAUAGGUGCUGAAACUUGGUACUUUGUGUUAGACUCUUUCAUAGCACGGAAAUACAGUUCAAGGCGUCAUCAUUUAAAUCAAAACUAAAGUGUCUUGGUACAAAUUGGAAACAGUUCUUCAGUCCCAUUCUGAGAAAGGUCUGUUUUAGUGCUAAAUAAAGUUUUAGCCACCGGUCACCGUUAAUUAUGUAAAUCAAUUAUAUGGCUAUUACUGUAGAAUAGGUUAAUAGACACAUUUUUCAAUCUGCCUAAUAGUAUGUGAAACAAUACUAAUGGUGUGUCAAUAGUGAAAAGGUGGAACAUUUACAGCGAGAAAACAAGAUCUCAGACACAUUCCUACAAUCACUAGCUCACGUUCAAGUUCAUUGUCCAUUUCAUACAGAAAUCACCCAUCUCACCCUAUCCUAUAUUUUAACCACCCAUUCUCUCCCUUCUCCCUCCCUCUCAUCCACCACCACCAGUUUCCCCCUGCCUCUCUCAUCUCUCCAUCACACCCCUCCCUCUCUCCAUCUCUUAUCCAGAUGCAAAGAGCAGUCAGUAAUCGGAUGAGAGCAGAUUUGAUUCAAAAGGCUUCCUUUAAAAUCUCAGCCACUAGGAUUUAAACUCACUCUCUCCUGCGUCACCUCUACACACAGCCCCCUCUCUCUCUCUCUGUCUCUCUCUCUCUGUGUUAAUGUACUUCACUCUGCGACAACCUAUAGCAGCCAUUUAAUCACAUGCAACAAUGGCAGGCCAGGGUCUCAGGGACAGGAUGGCAAAAGGGCAAUAGCACAGUUGAAACACUUUCAAAAACGGUCCCGUUUUAUUGGGUUAGUACUAUUUAUAAAAGUAAUUUUCUCAGGGAACCAAAUAUAUGGCCUAAAUCAGAUGAAGGCUAGAUAAGAUGACCAUUGUGGAUACUACUCCCUUUAGGUGAGGGAGCAGGACACCUAUGAGCGCGCAAGAGAUGGAUGCAAUCGCCUUUGGGUUAAUUGUUUUAGGCAUUUCUAUAUUUAGACGUACGAUUUACAGUGUUUUCAUACAUGCAUGUAGCCUACAGUACUAGACAGAUAGGAACAGCAAGGAACAAUAGAAAGUGAAUAUCUUUCUCUCUCUGAGUCACUGCCUCCUUCUCUCUCUCCCUUUCUACUCAAACAAAUGAGAGGCAAAUGAAUUUGGUCAUGAGAUUUGACAGAGACACUUUAGACAAAUAGGGAGAGAGAGAGUGCAGCAAAGAAACACGAUCAAAGCCAGGGAUAUAGGCUAUUCUUCUCCAGGUAGUUUUCAAGGUAAGAUAGAGUAAGAUCCGAAUAAUUUAAUCUGUCACAAAUAUUAUGCAAAUAUGUUAUUAGAUGGUGUGGAUGUUACAUGAAAUGUUAUGUUAUGUGAUUAUGUUUGAAAGUAAGGGUUACCUUCUGAUUUCAUAGAAAAUAGUCUGAUGCCAUUGCCAGUCUAAAAGUUCCUAAUUUGAUAAUGUGACAGAGAUACUUUAGAUAGUUGAUCUAUACUUUUUGUCUUUACUGUAUAGUAGGCCUAACCUAGAAUUUUGGUCAUUGAAAUAACUAUUCAGUCCUCACUGAUUCAGUCAACAUUAUUAAUUGCAUCAUUAGAGCGUUGUGAUGUGAUAUCACUGGAAUCACAAAAUAGGUGCUUUCAGGGCUGACUUAAGAUUGGAAAGCUUUCAAAGUAUAUGGCACUAAAGUAUAUUGAGUUAGAAAAGGGCAGAGUAAAUACAGUGUUUGUUUACCUAGUACAGUAUAAGCUUGAAGAGAGAUAUCAAACAAGAAAAGUGUUAGUAUUAAGAUGACACACCAUACUGGUUUGAGUUUACAAUCAGGGUGGGAAAGUAUGUUCAUGUAUAUGCAGUAUGUGCCAUAUUAACUAGUUUAUAUUGUUGCACGCUUGUAUGUGUGCUUUCGUACAGGUGUGCGUGUGUGCAUAUGCAUAUCUGUGCAAGUGAGCUUGUUUGACUAUGGGUGUGGGUUUGUGAGUGUGUGUGUGUGUGUGUGUGUGUGCCUGUGUUUGUGAGGGUUUGCAAAGUAGUUGAGGGAGGUUUGAAUUGCAAAACAGUAGCUAAACAUAAAAAAAAGAGAGGGUAAACCUUGAUCUAAAAAGCUGGUAACAUGCAUAAAUAUCUAACGUGUUGCUGUACACAGGUAACAGACAUUGACAUUACAGUGAGAAGAGUGGAUAAUGAAUUGAUAAGAUACAAUUUUCUAUUUUUUCCCUCUCUUCCCCAGGAUUACAUCUGCUCACCUGAUUUCACUUCCUGUCUCCAUCGGUGACAACGCCUACCAACCGUUGCCAUGGGCGAAAUGGAGGCGCUGCGAAAGGAGGCGGAAAACCUCAAAGAUCAGAUCACUGUCAGUUAUCAAUCAAUAAUUAAGAUUAAGAUCACAUUAUUGGUCAAUUGCACACAAGGUCCAACCGAAUUUUGACGUUCACUUUUAACCCAACCCCUCCCAAAGACACACAUACAGUACACAUACAGGUUUUGGAGAGGUGCGGGGGGCUGCCACACUGGGCACCCGGGGAGCUAUUGUUGUGGGGGGUUAAGAGCUUUGCUCAAUGGCACAACGGCAGGCAAUGGCAUUUAGGAUUUGAUACCAGCAACCCUCUAUUUGCUAGCUCACUUCCCACCCAAUUUUUCCCGUCAGACCCAGGAUUCGAACUGGCAGCCCUCCGGAUGCUGUUUGGUUUCCUCUCUAACCGCUAGGCAAUAAUCAAUCACUAGUGUGAAUAUAACACCUGCCUGUGUUCUUUGGAUCUCAUAUGCUAGUACUUUAUUCAACUAUUUGCCUUUUGCUGAACAUUUUACCAUGAUCAUCAACCAUAAACUGAACAAGAAUCCUCAUCCUAUAGACCACCAAAACCCAAAUUAGAACUGGGCAAAAUAGCUUUUACCUCAGGGCAGUGAAGUCCUGGAACUUCUUGCCAGAAUGUUCAAAAAAAUUGCCAAAUAGUUGUUUUAAGAGAUUAAUUCAUAAAAUGAAUUGAACGACUAGAGUAGGUCUAAGAAGUUAUUGUAAUAUGUUAUGUUGUAUUUAAAUUAAUAUGUGGACAUGAGGUAUGUGGGUGGGGGGAGGAGGGGGGAGGGGCUGGGGGGUGUUACUAGUAAUAUGUCUAGGUAAUAGGAAUAUGGAUCUUUGUUUGUGUUUUUGUGCUUUUACUUUAGCUUCUGUUGUUUUUCAUAUUUCUAUAUGUUUUUUUUUAACAAUAAUAUAAAAUCCUAACUGUUCUGAUUCUCUGGACAGUAAGGUGUAAAGGUGUUCAUAACACCAUAGUCAUAGUCAUAUCUAUGACGACAGUUAUGACCAUACAUCCCCACCCCUGACCGCUCUGUUCGUCCAAAAGCAGAAGUGUAAACAGCAGAUUAGUAAAAUGUAAUACGUUUUCUUCUGAGACCAGGUUGCAGCAGCAGUAGCAUACCUUGAAAAUUACAAUAGUUAUGACAAUGGUUUUAGCCAUAGUUAAGUGGACCAUAGUUACAGUUGAAGUCGGAAGUUUACAUACACUUAGGUUGGAGUCAUUAAAACUUGUUUUUCAACCACGCCACACAUUUUUUGUUAACAAACUAUCGUUUUGUCAAGUCAGUUAGGACAUCUACUUUGUACAUGACACAAGUAAGUCUGGUUCAUCCUUGGGAGCAAUUUCCAAACGCCUGAAGGCAUCACGUUCAUCUGUACAAACAAUAGUACGCAAGUAUAAACACCAUUGGAUCACGCAGCCGUCAUACCGCUCAGGAAGGAGACGCGUUCUGUCUCCUAGAGAUGAAUGUACUUUGGUGCGAAAAGUGCAAAUCAAUCCCAGAACAACAGCAAAGGACCUUGUGAAGAUGCUGGAGGAAACAGGUACAAAAGUAUCUAUAUCCAUAGUAAAACGAGUCCUAUAUCGACAUAACCUGAAAGGCCGCUCAGCAAGGAAGAAGCCACUGCUCCAAAACCGCCAUAAAUAAGCCAGACUACGGUUUGCAACUGCACAUGGGGACAAAGAUCGUACUUUUUGGAGAAUGUCCUCUGGUCUGAUGAAACAAAAAUAGAACUGUUUGGCCAUAAUGAACAUCGUUAUGUUUGGAGGAAAAAGGGGGUUGCUUGCAUGCCGAAGAACACCAUCCCAACCGUGAAGCACGGAGGUGGCAGCAUCAUGCUGUGGGGGUGCUUUGCUGCAGGAGGGACUGGUGCACUUCACAAAAUAGAUGGCAUCAUGAGGAAGGAAAAUUAUGUGGAUAAAUUGAAGCAACAUCUCAAGACAUCAAGUCAGGAAGUUAAAGCUUGGUCGCAAAUGGGUCUUCCAAAUGGACAAUGACCCCAAGCAUACUUCCAAAGUUGUGGCAAAAUGGCUUAAGGACAACAAAGUCAAGGUAUUGGAGUGGCCAUCACAAAGCCCUGACCUCAAUCCUAUAGAAAAUAUGUGGGCAGAACUGAAAAAGCGUGUGCGAGCAAGGAGGCCUACAAACCUGACUCAGUUACACCAGCUCUGUCAGGAGGAAUGGGCCAAAAUGCACCCAACUUUUUGUGGGAAGCUUGUGGAAGGCUACCCGAAACGUUUGACCCAAGUUAAACAAUGCUACCAAAUACUAAUUGAGUGUAUGUAAACUUCUGACCCACUGGGAAUGUGAUGAAAGAAAUAAAAGCUGAAAUAAAUAAUUCUCUCUACUAUUAUUCUGACAUUUCACAAAGUGGUGAUCCUAACUGACCUAAAACAGGGCAUUUUUACUAGGAUUAAAUGUCAGGAAUUGUGAAAAACAGAGUUUAAAUGUAUUUGGCUAAGGUGUAUGUAAACUUCCGACUUCAACUGUAUUAUGACCAUAACUUGACCAUACACAACCAUCCCUCUACAGGAGGCCCGAAAGGUAGUGCAGGACACCACCCUGCAGGAGGCGGUUGCCGGGACGGCGCUGGUGGGGCGUGUCCAGCUGAAGACCAGGAAGACGCUGAGGGGUCACCUGGCCAAGAUCUAUGCCAUGCACUGGGGCACUGACACCAAGUAAACACACAUACACCAUACACACGAACACACAUACAAACAGGCACACAUACGUACACACAGGCACGCGUACAAACACUGGACCACUAGCUCAAAGUAGACAAUGACCCUUCACACACUUCUAGCCUGCACUCUUUUCCUGAGAAUUGCUUGUUGAGUCGUUCAAGUAUUCAUUCAAGUAUUAAUUUGUUUGUUCAAUAAUUUCUGUUAGUUCUAUCAUUAGUCAUUAUGUAAUCUAUAUUUUCAUCUGCUCAUCCAUUCAUUCAAACAGAUUGCUGUUACAAAUACUGCUAUAGUUUAAAACUGGUGUCAUGUGGUGCUCUGUGUUUAUUGGUUAAUUGGAUUGGUGUUGCAAUCCCAUAGCUGGUUUUAAUUGGAUGAAUUAGUGGAACCAGGAAACACUUGACUGACUGUCUGGCAACACUUUAAACCAACAUUAUCCCUGAAUCAGUCAAUUAUUGCUGAUACUAUAACUUGAAUGUGCACUAACCCACCUUUUACCCUUUCUUCUUUCAUUUUGUCCUCUCUCCUUCUCAUUCUCUCUCCCUAUUUUCUCAUUUCAUUUAAUCUCAUCUCUUUCUCAGUUGUAGCAAGUUAGUAACUUAUGAGCUUUUCUUGUGUUUACAAUACUUAGGGUAUCCUACAUUUGGUGGGUCUAGAGAUAGCUUUUACUAACUGAACUAGUCCUGGGCUAAGAGGUUCUGUAACAAUGCCUCUCUCUGUCCAAUACAAUACAAUCCAAUACAACUUUAUUGUCCCUCAAGGGGGAAUUAAUUUGGCAACUGUGCACACUUAACAGACAACAUAUUCACACAUACUCCUCCAUAGUGGCUAGAUAUAUAUAAAUACAUGAUACACAAUAUCAUCAUUAUCAUCACCAGCAUCAUCAUCAGCAUCAACAUCCCCAUCAUCAUUUGUGCUGGAAACACCCGUUAAUAGAAAAAAGUGGAGUAGUAUUAGUCAAUUACCAUGUCAUGGCUUUUUAGCUCAGUCAUAGUAAAGACGGAUUGCCAUUGGGACAAAAGAGUCUCUGUAUCUAUUAUCUAUCUAUCGGUCUAUUUAUCUUGAGCUGCUGCAGGUCCUUGGAUCUUUUAGUGUACUCUGUCUCUCACUUUCUCUGUCUCGCUCUGUCUGUCUCUCUCUCUGUCUCUGGUUCUGUCUCUCUGUUUCCUGUCUCUACACCUGUCUUGUUCUCUCUACCAGGUUUUGUGUCAGUGCCUCUCAAGAUGGAAAGCUCAUAGUGUGGGACACCUUGACCACCAACAAGGUAUGGCGGGCCGCGUCUGUGUUUACAGUCUGGGUCUGGGGAGUUUUAGUCAUGGGACAGUGUUUAUGCAUGAAUAUGGCAUGUAAUGACAAUAUACUGUAAUAUCAAGUGCUCCCAAGUGCUCAUAUAAGUGCUCACAUUGACACAUGCGCGUUCACACACAGGCACGUACACAUACACACACUGGUUCACGUGAGGAUUCACUGUCCUUGUCUGCUCAGGUGAACGCCAUCCCUCUGAAGUCGUCUUGGGUGAUGACGUGUGCCUACGCGCCCUCAGGGAACAUGGUGGCGUGUGGCGGUCUGGACAACAUGUGCUCUAUCUACAACCUUAAGGGCAAGGACGGCAACGUCAAGGUCAUGCGUGAGCUGGCCGCACACACAGGUACCCCACUCGACAUUUACCCCACUAUUUGCAUUCAUUAAGACAGCAUCACUGGCAACACGUUUAGCGAUGAGUCAUUUUGAUCAAACUCCAAGUAAGAACAUACAAGGUGGUAUUUAUAUAGUCUAUCCAAUACAGCAAUCUCUCAUUCCUGUGUUAUGUGGCUCUGAUGGUGUUCUCUCUUGUUGCCCAGGUUACCUGUCCUGCUGUCGUUUCCUUAGCGACAGUGAGAUCAUCACCAGCUCUGGCGACUGUACCUGGUAAGAUCAUAGAGAUGGAGUCUCUAUGAGUCUGGUGUGCAAUAAGGGGUUACAAUGACUGACCAGAGAUCAGUCCAAUCUGUUAAUGCUACCAUAUCAUUCUAAUUCUAUGGCUUAUCCUGUACCCUUCAUUGGAUACGCAUAGGCUUAUCUAUUAUCUUUCUGCAAUGGUGUCCUAAACAUUCUCCCUUCUUUCGCAACCUUCUCUUUUUUGACCAUGUCCCUGCUGUCUUCUUUGCCCCCCUCUAUAUCCAUCCUCUCCUCCUCCCUCCCUCCCUCCAAACUUUAUAGUGUUCUAUGGGACAUUGAGACAGGGACAGAGAAGACCAUCUUCGCGGGCCACUUGGGUGACUGCAUGUCCCUGGCCGUGUCCCCCGACUUCAAGAUGUUCAUCUCGGGGGCGUGUGACUUCACGGCCAAACUGUGGGACAUCAGGGAAGCCACCUGCAGACAGACGUUCAGCGGCCACGAGAGUGACAUUAAUGCCAUUGGGGUGAGGACAGAGGACCCCCAGCAUUUAUUCAUCGUUUAUUAAUAGUUUAGUAUUCUGAUAGUCAGAUGCAUUGCACCCGGCAGUUCACGUGGACAAACAAAAAACUUCCACGUUUUUACAAAUUGAAGCUUUAAAAAAAUCCAUAUCAAAACAUAGUAUAAAAAAAUUAAUUCAAUGCAACUGUUUGCUCAAACAGUUGAUUCGUUUAAUGAGGUGAACAAAAGCCUAUGCCCGCUCUGUAGCUCUCCAGAACCACAGUUAGAGAGACCACUGCUCUGACCACCUCCUCUGUCCUCUCCACUCUGCCCAGUUCUUCCCCAAUGGUAAUGCGGUUAUAACGGGCUCAGACGAUGCCACCUGUAAGCUGUACGACCUGAGGGCAGACCAGGAGCUCGUCACCUACCAGGACUCGGGCAUCAUGUGUGGGGUGACCUCCCUCGCCCCGUCCCUCUCCGGCCGCCUUCUACUGGCCGGAUACGAUGACUUCAACGUCAACAUCUGGGACAUGCUUAAAGCCGAGAGAGUGGGUGAGUACGGAGGGAGAGCGAAAGGGAGGUAAAGAGAGUGUGGGUGAGUACGGAGGGGGAGAGAGAGGAGAGAAAGAGGGUGACUAGAGGGGCUGGAGGCAGAAAGAGAGGGAGACAGUGUGGAUAAGUAGAGGGGAUGGUGAGAGGAGAAAGAAGGAGAAUGUGAGUGGGACAAAGGGAGAAAGCAAGGGAGAGAACAUGUGGAUGCAAUGUAGACAAACAUAUAUUUGCAUACAUUCUAUACUGACGUAAUUCUCUUCAUGGCUCAGGAGUGCUGGCUGGUCAUGACAACAGGGUGAGCUGCAUCGGAGUAUCCUCGGACGGAAUGGCAUGCUGCACAGGAUCCUGGGACAGCUUCCUGAAGAUAUGGAACUGAGACAGUCUUCUAGAGAACAGACAGAACGAAAGACUAAGAAAAGGAGAGGGGAUAGAGGAAAAAUAUAAACCUGGUAGAUUCAAGAGGGGGAUGGGGG